AAGACUUCAAGAAAGGGAUUUGCGCCGUGUUAACUACGCGGUUCUCUCUCAUUUGCUGCAGUGCUGCCCAUUUUCUCUGCUGUCUCCUGCUCUUGUCCAUUCCAGCAUUGAGCAUGGUAAAGAAGAAUACUAUUCCUGAUGGAUGGAGGAAUGUAUCACCAGUUGGACACCCUAUACCAGGAACUCGAUUCAUUGCUUUUAAAGUACCCUUAAAAGGGGUAAUCAAUCAUCGACUUACACCAACUCAAAAGUUUACACCAAAAGAUCUGAUUGCUGCAGUGAAAGCUUUCAAUACGGAGCUUGGUUUAAUCAUUGAUUUAACAUAUACAACAAGAUACUAUGAUAUCAAGGAUUUGCCCAAAAGUAUGGAGUAUAAGAAACUUUUUACUGUAGGACUUGAAGUCCCAGAUGAUCCUACUAUUCUACAGUUUAAAAAAUGGGUCAGAAAAUUCCUGUGGGAAAAUGCAGACAAUGAGAAACUCAUUGGAGUACACUGUACUAAUGGAAUUAAUAGAACAGGUUACCUUAUAUGCAGAUAUCUUAUUGAUGUUGAAGGUUGGGAUCCAGAAACCGCAAUCCAAGGUAUUUGCGUGCCAUUUUAA